AUGGUUGAACAAAUACCGCCAUACAAUCAAUUGGAUACCGUGUAUAUUCUCCCCCCUAAUUAUGAUAGGGUCGGCACCUUGUAUUUGUUCCUAUCUCAAGAGAACACAACAGCUACGUAUCCGAACAACGAGACUAAAACUAUCAUCGCUGGUAGAGAAUACGGUUUUUCAAAGCGCCUUCAGGCGACAGUCAUCCGGAGUGCUGAUCCUAUUCUGAUGACAAGUUACGCCCUCGAAUACGUUCGUAACCCAGAAGAAAGAGCGUACUGGACAGUGGUUCCUGGGGUGAACCAAUACUUACCUAGGUACAAAGUCAUGAUACCGAAUGGAUGGGACAAACACUACGUUGCUCUUAUGAUAAGGAAAAGCGCUGUUGGUGGUCUGCGAGUAAAUGAUCAAUCGAUUGACACCAACACCAUUCGAUUCGAGGAGAAUGUGUUCGUUGAAGAUCUCGAAUAUUCAGUUAUUAUUGCGGAAGUAAGAGAAGGUGAGCUGACCUUGGAAUCCAUAGACGACACUCCCUUUGGUUUAAUGGCGUAUGGAAAUCGAGAGCAUGGUGGAUAUGGCUUUGCGGGCAACGUUGUUCUUCGUUAA